ACACAUGGAGAAUUUGUCUUUCUUAUCUCUGGUUCCUAAUUUCCAGUUUCCAUUGAAAUUCUUUGAGAAUCAUUCUACACUCUAACACUGUGUAACACACACAAUCUUUGUUAACGAUCAUAUUCUUCCUGAAAAGAUGAACGAUGCAGACGUGUCGAAGCAGAUCCAGCAGAUGGUCAGAUUCAUUCGCCAAGAAGCUGAAGAAAAAGCCAAUGAGAUUUCCGUUUCUGCAGAGGAGGAGUUUAACAUUGAGAAACUACAAAUAGCCGAAGCGGAGAAGAAGAAGAUCAGACAAGAUUAUGAACGCAAGGCAAAGCAGGUCGAGGUUAGAAGGAAAAUUGAAUACUCGAUGCAACUGAAUGCUUCGCGUAUAAAAGUUCUACAAGCACAAGAUGACAUAUUAACUUCCAUGAAAGAAUCUGCUGGCAAGGAACUUGUGCGUGUUUCAGAGGACAAGAAGGCUUACAAGAAGCUCAUGAAAGACUUGAUUGUUCAGAGUUUGAUUCGGCUGAAGGAGCCAGCAGUGCUGCUUAGAUGCAGAGAGGUUGACAGGAAGCUUGUUGAGUCUGUUUUGGAAGAAGCAAAGAAAAGUUAUGCUGAUAAAGGGUUUGCUCCACCCAAAAUUACCAUUGAUGAUCGAGUGUAUCUCCCACCGCCUCCAAAGGGUGGCGAUUCCCAUGAACCCUUUUGUUCGGGUGGAGUGGUGUUGGCCUCUCAAGAUGGAAAGAUAGUGUCUGAAAAUACCCUCGAUGCACGAUUGGAUGUCGUCUUCAGACAGAAACUGCCUCAGAUCAGGAAGCGCCUUUUAGGAUGAAUGAGUGCAUCAGCAAUUCUAUGCUUAAGCUUGUCCAAGAUUUCUACUAGCAAAACUCUCUUCUGGGUUGGCAGUUUAUUAAUUACUUCUGAGAUAUGAACCAUGCUUUCAAAACAAUAACAGUGUUCAGAUUCCUCUCAAGUUAUUGUUAUGGGGCAAGCUAAUUCAUAACAUGUUAUAUUGUUUAACUA